AUGUGGAACCAGCUCACUAUCGCAAGCGCUGCCCUAUGGGGACUAACCAUACCCGCUGUCAAGGCGACCUAUACGCCUUCUGUUCACUCGCGACAGAGCUCUAACGCGAGCACUAUCUCAUGGUCUGCAUGUCCUGAUAUCAGCAACACGCAGUGCGCGAUCUUUGACGUUCCUAUGGACUACACGAAUCCGGAGAACGGCAAGACGGUGUCGAUAUUCAUGCGCAAGUAUGCUGCCACGGCUCCGGAAGACCAGCGACUGGGAUCGAUUCUGGUUAAUCCAGGCGGUCCUGGAGGAUCAGGAACGGUCACCAUUGCAGAGCAGGGAGAGGACGUGAGCACACUGGUUGAUGGUAGAUACGAUAUUAUCGGCUUCGACCCCAGGGGUGUAAACUUGACUGGGCCGCCCACUGCCUGUCAUGACACCGAGUACAAGUUUCUGCAGAGUGCAUACCAAAUAGCAUCGCAAGGAGCACCAUUCCCUCACGUCGGUGGUGCAGGCGAGGUCGCCCAUGUCGCAAAGCUCUCCGCCAUCCAGUCCACCCAUCCAAAGGCCUGCACUCAGAAUGGAAACCAUGACAUGCUUACUAACUCAGGAACCGUCGCCGUCGUGAAAGACAUGGAGAGGAUCGUCCAAGCCCUAGGCGAGGAUGGGCUUAACUAUCUUGGAUUCUCGUAUGGGUCUAUUCUAGGUGCUACGUUCGCUGCCAUGCGACCGCAUCUCGUGAAGCGCAUGGUGCUGGACGGCGUCUCGGAUGCAGAGGCAUACUACAACAAUGUUCUCGAGUGGGGAAGGUCAAGUAUGCAGGGCACUCACAAGGCGAUCGCAGGCUUUGUGUCUACGUGCAUCGAAGCCGGGCCAACAGAAUGCGCACUAGCUGUAGGGAAAGACAACAAGACGGAGACUGUGGAAGGUCUGACGAAGCGAAUCGACGCGCUGUACACGAAGCUGGGAAAGGAGCCGCUGGUUGUUGGGGACUCGGCGACGGGACCUGGGAUCAUACGAGGCAACGAUCUACAAUCUAUGAUAUUCUCUUUGGCUUACUCUCCCAAGUACUGGAAAUCGCAGGGCCAAAUGCUUGCCGCUCUAGAGAAUGGGGAUGGGCGUGACUACUAUCCCGUGCUAAACAGCCAGAACGUGUUCAAUCGCUCCAUGCAAAGGUCAGGGUCCAGAGAGACAUUGUACCCAAUUUUGUGUGGCGAUUCGUCGCCGCUGAAUUUUACAGUUGAGGAGUAUGCUGGAUAUUUCCGCGAAAUGAGCCAGAUAAACUCAGUCGCCGAACAGUGGGCUCUCCUUGUUGGGGGGUGCCGCGGCUGGCCAUUCCGUGCAACUGAGAGAUAUACUGGGCCGUGGUCUAUCGAGAAGGGGCUUAAAAAGACUAGGUUUCCUAUCUUGCUUGUCGGCCAAGACGCGGAUCCAGUCACACCGCUCUCGUCAGCAGUAAAGAUGAAUAAGGCGUUUGGAAAUGAUUCCAGUACCCUACUAGUCCAGAAAGGCUUUGGACACCCAUCCAUUUCACACCCGUCUCUCUGCACGGUCAAAAACGUUCACGACUACUUUGUCAACGGCAUUGUACCCAAGAACGGAACUCACUGCACGCCCGAGCCGGGGUAUAUCUACCCAACGAACAGCACACGGUCGAAGCGCUCAGCGCUGAGCAAGCGAGAUGCCAAGCUGCUGGAAGCUGUGGAGAGGCUGGGGCUGAGACAUGCUAAGUCUGGAAUGAUACCUGGUAUCUGA